AUGACGGGAGAGAGAGACGCGCAGAGAUACCCGGAGACAGAGGAGAACACGCCCAGCGUGGCCCGGAAUGUGCCGCAAAGAGGUUAUUUCAGUCGCACGCUCCCCCACGGCCAAAUGUGUUAUGGGGCGCGGAGGCGCCUCGCGGGCGUCCGCCGCGUUCGAAGAGCCGCUCGGGGCACCGGCUGGGAACGCCCCGCCGCGCCUCGCCGCGUCGCUGACCCGGGCGGCCGGUCGACCGGCUGCCGCCCGGCAGAAGCGUCCGCCUCGGUGGCCGGGCCCGACGAGGGACCCCCGGGGCCGGACCCCGACGGCCGCGUCCUGCCGGAGGCCGGCCCGCUGCAGGCCCGCUUCCUGCGCGACCUCUGGGAGGCGUGUGCCGCCGGUGGCGGGCCCGGGCCCCGGCAGCCCCCGCGCCCCCCGGGACGUCCCCCGCCGAUCUCCGUCCACGCCAUCCGCAACUCCCGCCGCAAGAUGGAGGACCGGCACGUCACCCUCCCCGCCUUCAACCGGCUCUUCGGCUUUCCGGACGAGCCGGAGCGCGCCUACUUCGCCGUGUUCGACGGGACACGGGGCGCGGACGCCGCCGACUUCGCCGCCGCCCAGUUGCACGUCCACCUCGCCAGGCACCCGGAGCUGGGCACCGACCCGGCCCGGGCCCUGAGGGCCGCCUUCCGCCUCACCGACGACGCGUUCCUCCGCAAAGCCGAGCGGGAGAGCCUGCGGAGCGGCAGCACGGGGGUGUGUGCGCUGCUGGCGGGCCCCGCCGUCCACGUGGCCUGGCUGGGCGACUCGCAGGCGGUCCUGGUGCAGCGGGGGGAGGCGCUGACGCUCGUGGAGCCGCACAAGCCCGAGAGGCAGGACGAGAAGGAGCGCAUCGAGGCCCUCGGGGGCUUCGUGUCGUACGUGGACUGCUGGAGGGUCAACGGGACGCUGGCCGUGUCCAGGGCCAUCGGGGACGCGUCCCAGAAGCCGUACGUGUCCGGCGAGGCGGACAGCGCGACGCGGGAGCUCAGCGGCUCUGAGGACUACCUCCUCCUGGCCUGCGACGGCUUCUUCGACGCCGUCCGGCCCCAGGAGGCCGCCGAGCUGGUCCUGCGUCACCUGACGGCGAGCGGGGGCGCCGAGGCCGGCGUGGCCGAGGCCCUGGUGUCCGCCGCCCGGGAGGGCGGCUCCGGCGACAACAUCACGGUGCUGGUGGUGUUCCUCCGCGACCCCCGGGACGUCCUGGCCGGCGGGGAGCCGGGUGACGCGCCGGGGGUGUCCCCCGGCCCGAGCCCACCCGGUCCCCCCGACGGCCGGGGGGCGUGAGGGCGACCCCGGGCCCGGGGUCCCGGGGGCGGGGGGCGAGGGGGCGACUCAGACCCGGAGCCCGCGGGCGGAGGACGGCCGCCCCCGGCCCGGCUCCCAGCUCCGGGCGGCCGGCGGGGUGGCUCGCGAAUAGGCUUACUGCAACGCCGCUGGCCUUCUCGGCCAUCUUGGGGCGAGUCACUUCACUUCUCUGCGACUCUGGCCCCGUUACUCAACUUCUGUGCCUCGGUUUUCUCGUCGGUAAAAGGGGGAUAAUAAUACCCCUCCUCGCUCUUUAACAGCAGUACUAGUGAUCCUAUUUAUUAGGCGCUUACUCCGUGCAGAUCGUCGUCCCGGGCGCCGGGAAAGAGUAGGCAGGCGGGAAUUAGGCCCCUUGAGGGGGAGCGGACCGGAGGCAGACGCUCCAGGAGCAACGGAACCAGCGUAGAGGAAGAGGACAGACAGACAAUACUCCUGAAAACAAAAGUGGAUAGGAAGCCGCCGUUGGAGCGGCAGAAUUUCAGGCUCCUCGGGGUUCGGCGCCCCCGCCGUGGCCAUUGGCCCUCCCGAGGUUCUCGCGAGGCCUCGUGCUGCCGGCGUGCGUCCUCUCUCCCGCCGGGCCGGUGGAGAGCAGGACGGGGCGAGAGUCUCCGCGGGGGCGGCGUGGCCGGCGUGGGACGUUCGCUCGCCGAGGCCGCCGUCCCCGGACGUCGCCUUGGGCUGCGGCGGAGAGGCGGUCGAGCCCGUGCGUGGGCCGGGGCCCGUGUCCCCCUUCGUUACCUUUAUCUACCCCGGUGCGUGGCACGGAGCAGGAGCCGAUCGAGUACCACGCUCGGCGUCAUCCGGUCUCCGUGAGACGCCCCCUUCCCCCUCCCACCGGAACCCCGCGCCACGGGACCCGGAUACCAGUGUUCCAGAGAGAGUCGGGGCUUGUGCGUCUCAGGGGUUCGGGCCAAAGCAGCCCCCGGGGCACGGCGGCCUCUUCCUUCUCUGCAGGGACCCCCCCACCCCCCGCCAGGGUCUCCCCGCCUUCGGCCCCCGCCCGGGGGUCCCGAGGCCUCCCCCGCCGCGGGCCGCCACGGGGAAAGCGCGAGGCCGGGCGGCCCCCGGCCCACGCGGGUGGGACGUCGGAACCGGGAACCGGCGUCGCGGGCGGCCCCGCGGGCUCAGGGGUGGGAAGCCGGGCUUCGCAGCGGUAACCGUAUUUUCAUCGGAUCGGGAUUAAAAACGCUUUGUACCCUG